AUGGUGCUGAGCUUGAGAAAGAUUGAAGAACCAACCGUCUGCUUCUCUUUGAUCAUCUUCUUGUUUCACUCUCAACAUCUCUUCACUAUUCCAGUCACUUCCUUCGCUCCUGCAGAGAGGUUUUCCAUUAACUGUGGCUCCCCAUCAGCCGGACCUCAAUCGCUCAGGUUUCUCCUCCCGGAGCAAGUUCCUUAUGCCACGGCUCGCCUGUCUCGUUCUGAAUUCACCUACUCCUUUGAGGUCCCCGAAGGCCAAAAGUUUGUUCGCCUCUUCUUUUACCCAGCUGCAUAUGACAAUUUUGAUCGUUCCAAUGCUCUCUUCUCCGUUAAAGCAGGCGACCACACCCUUCUCAAGGACUUCAACGCUUCACUCACUGCUGAUAACGACGAUGAUCCUGAGCAAAAAGUGUUCAGAGAGUACUGUGUUAACGUGGAACCUGGUCACAGGCUGAACAUCACGUUCACUCCAAGUAGCACCAACCAUCCAGACGCCUACGCGUUUAUUAAUGGGAUUGAGGUUGUGGCCAUACCGACCAAUCUUUAUUACAAAAAAGCUGGUGACCCAGCGUUGCAGCUGGUUAAUGACGAGAAUAAUCGGAUUCGAGUUGAUAACAACACUGCUCUGGAGAUGGUGUACAGAAUCAAUGUUGGAAAGGAUGAGAUUCCAGCUGAGCAAGACACUACUGGUUUGCUUCGAGACUGGCAUGGCGUAACUGGCUAUGGCUAUGCGGUGAUGCAAACCUUGCAAGAUCUAGAAGAUAAUGAUUUUGAUGCAAAGCUGAUAUACCCAAAUGAUCUUCUGAAAGACGCAGCACCUGAGGAUGUCUAUUUAACUGCAGAGACCUCUAAAGAUACAAUGACUUGGGAGUUUAAAGUGGACUCCAUGUUUGCUUAUAUGAUCAGACUGCACUUCUGUGAGUUGGACCAGAGAGUCCAGAAGGGAGAAAGAGUUUUUCAGAUACUCAUAGCUGACACUGUGGCUGAGCCUCAGAUCGAUGUGCUUGGCACUCCCAAAAAGCAAGUACGGUGUCCUAUUGAAUGGAAUUGA